AUGCCCAGCAACCUCUUUCAGAACAUUGCUCUCAUCCAGCUGAUUGGCCGCUUUAAUUGGACAUGGGUUGGAAUGUUGGUGGUGGACAAUGAUGUUGGGCAGCAGGGUGCCCAGAUUAUACGAGCUGGGAUAGAGAGAAAUGGAGGCUGUGUUGCUUUUCUGGAGAAAAUCCAUCUGAGUUAUUCAGCCCAGCAGAUCAAGAGAGUGGUGGAUGUCAUUAAAGGAAGCUCCAUCAGUCUGAUCGUUCUCCACAGCCCUGAGGUCCAUGUGAAGGCCCUGCUAGAUGCCAUGUUUGAUGAUGGAAUCACUGAGAAAAUGUUCAUCACUUCAGCUUCCUUCAUAAUCACCCCUGGACUCUUCUCCAAGAAAGCCUGGAAGGUUCUCAAUGGGACGAUUGGACUGGUUGCCAGUACUACCUCUAUGCCAGGGUUUGAGGAGUUCCUCCUAAACCUUCACCCUAAUGCCAGCUUAACGUACCCAUUUAUUAGGUUGUUCUGGGAGAAAGCUUUCAGCUGCCACUGGCCUGAUGGAAAACUAGAUGGUGUGGCCUGCACUGGGCAAGAAGGGCUUGGAAGUGAGAUUGCUCAAUUAUUUGAGACAAAUGAUCUCAGCUUGACUUAUCAAGCCUACCUGGCUGUAUAUGCCUACACACAUGCUCUGCAUUCACUGCUUGGCUGUCCAACUGUAUCUGAGGGUUAUCUAAAUCAUGGAAUGUGCUCAAAUAUUAAUGAUGCUCAACCCUGGAAGGUGCCAAUUUCCAUCUGCAGUAACAGCUGUCGACCUGGGUACAGGAAAGUCCCUCUUCAAGGAAGACCCAUCUGUUGCUAUAACUGUGUCCCCUGUUCCAUGGGAGAGAUGACCAAUUACACAGAUGCUGACGAGUGUACCAGAUGUUCCUCCGAUCAGUGGUCCAAUGAGGAGAGGGACCGAUGCAUCCCAAGGGUCCUAGAGUUCCUCUCAUAUGAUGAACCAUUGGGAAUAAUGCUUGUGAUAAUGGCUGUCAUGUUAUCAGUCCUGACUGUAUGCAUCUUAAUUGUUUUCUUUAAAAAUCAGGACACACCAAUCAUCAAAGCCACCAAUAGAGAGCUUAGCUACAUCCUGCUGGUGUCUCUUAUUUUCUGUUUCCUCUGCUGCCUGGUGUUUAUUGGUCAACCGUCCACUUUUAGCUGUCUCCUUAGACAAACCUUCUUCAGUGUGGCCUUCUCUAUCAGUAUCUCCUCAGUCUUGGCCAAGACUAUCAUGGUAAUCCUUGCCUUUAAAGCCACCAGACUGAACAGUCCCUUGAGGAAAUGGUUGGGUCCCACCAUCCCUCGUAAAGUUGUAGGACUUUGUUCCAUGUUUCAGAUAACCAUUUGUUCCGUAUGGCUUCAUAGGUCACCUCCAUUUCCGAUGCUGAAUAGUGAGACUGACAGCCAUAAGAUAAUAUUUGAAUGUAAUGAAGGACAGAAAUUAUUUUUUUACAUGACUUUGGGAUUCAUGGGAUUUCUGGCCAUGGUAAGUUUCUUAGUGGCCUUUCUAGCUAGGAACCUCCCAGGAAGCUUUAAUGAGGCCAAACUGAUCACCUUCAGCAUGCUGGUCUUCUGCUCUGUCUGGAUCUCCUUCAUCCCGGCCUAUUUGAGCACCAGUGGCAAAUACACAGUGGCUGUCCAGAUAUUUGCCAUCUUGGCCUCCAGCGCUGGACUGCUAAGCUGUAUAUUCCUACCGAAAUGUUAUAUUAUUCUGCUGAGACCGGAGGAGAACAGCCGUGAAUUCUUAUCAAGUAGUAAAAAGAGGAUACAUUUUGGUUAAAAGGGGGCAUUGUUGUGUAUAGUUUAGGCUACAUAAGAGGUAAUUUGAUCAGAUUGGAGAAGAUAAACGUGAAAUAAAGCUUGGUCAUUGGGUGAAAAAUAUUCUCACUUGCCAUUCCAAAAGCCACAAUUCGAAAAUAUAGGAAAUAAUAUACUUUCCUGGACUUACAAGUGGUCAUUCCAGUUGGAGAAGGUUUGAAAAGUGACAACGUAUUUUGAAUGUCGCUCCUUUCUGAUGACCCAACAGAUAUAUUGGACAGUGCCAAUCAGAAAAAGGUCUCAGAUGAUCUUCCAAGACGCCCUUUAUCAUGACUGAAGCCAGGUGAC